AUGACUUAUCAGUCAGAAAUCGACAUUUUAGAUCCUGAGAACGAUGAAAGAUCUGCUGUUGAAGACUUGUGUGUGUCUACUAAAUGUCUACUUCUUGGAUAUUUGACACCGAGUCGAAGUCAAAGCAGCCAUGAUACUACUAUUGGUUAUCCAACCCACCACAGCAGUCUUCCUAAAAUGAAAUUACCAAAAUUUAGCGGCAAGUACUCAGAGUACAAAAAUUUCAUUAGUUUGUUUGAGAGUUUAGUUGAUCAUGACAUGUCGCUUACUGAAAUCGAAAAGUUCAAUCAUUUCAUUUCAUGUCUCUCUGAUGAAGCUGUAGGUACUGUGAAGGCUUAUCAAAUUACUGAACAGAACUAUUCCAAAGCUUUAGCAAGUUUGAAACGGGUUUAUGAUAUUCCUUGCCUUAUAUUUUUCGACAAUAUUAGACAAUUGUUUCACUUGCCCGAAAUAACGAAACCUUCGUCUUCAGCUUUGAGGAGCAUGAUUGACACAGUUUCGGCAGUAUAUGAUUCACUGUUAUCAAUUGGUGAUGACAAAGCUAUCGCAAGCGCUAUGAUUAUUCAUAUGGUUAUGACAAAAGUCGAUCCAGUCACUCGCUCUAAAUGGGAAGAGCAACUUAAUUAUGAUAUGUUGCCAAUGUGGAGUGAUUGCGAAGAGGCCCUGAAUAAGAGAUAUACACAUAUAUCAGCUGAAGAAUCUUCGUGUUCGCGACCUAAAACUAAUAAAAUUAGUCAAAAGAAGAAUGACAACAAUACGGGUAGAAAAGGAAAAUCAUUUUCGUGCCAUGUCAAAGCACAGCAGGACAAUAUUAAAUGCAUUUUUUGCAGAUCAGCGGAACAUUAUGUUUCUAACUGUCCGUCCUUUUCCGCCAUUCCUGUUGCUCAAAGAUUUGAUUUCAUAAAAAAUGUACCGGCCUGUAUAAGUUGUUUGAGAAAAGGCCAUACAGUAACAAAAUGUACUGCCACAAAAUGUAGAGUUUGCAAUCAUUCUCAUCAUACACUUUUGCAUCAAUAUAAUACUACUAACACGCAAAAGCCUUUGAGUGCAUCUGUCAAUAUUUCAGCCUCUAAUAAAGAUAAUGUUAUCUUGGCUACGGCUCUGGUUAAAAUAAAAGAUAGAUCUGGGCAAUAUGUAUUUGCUAGGGCAUUAUUGGACUCUGGAUCACAAAUUAAUUUUGUAUCUGAAGAAUUGUCGCAACGAUUGCAAUUAGAAAAAGAAGAAAAUAAUCUCAGUCUUGUAGGCAUAGGGAAAACUAAUUCUGCAGCCAAAUUCAAGAUUCAAGCUACUGUGAAAUCUCGAGUGAAUUCCCACGAAUUUUCUUCCGACUUUUGGGUUCUUCGAUCGAUUUCCGGUUAUCAGCCAGAUACGGUAAUUUCUACCACUGGUUGGAAUAUUCCUAAUAAUAUUGAACUUGCUGAUCCAUACUUUUUCAAACCACAGAAAAUUGAUAUGUUGAUCGGCGCUGAGAUUUUCUUUGAACUGUUAUGCGUUGGUCAAAUAAGACGAAGUCCCGACAUCCCAACUGUUCAGAAAACACUUCUCGGUUGGGUUGUGUCUGGUAAAUACAAAAAUUUUAAGACUUCCACCAACAAAUCGUGUCACAUAAGUACAUGA